AUGCAGUCUGAAUUAAUUGCUGCUGCAAAGGAAUUCAUUGUUAUUUUCUACAAUUUCGUAGUUACUAAUAAGAGAGAUAUAUACAAAUUUUAUGACUCCAAUGCCAUUAUUGUUCAUUCAGAUCAUGAACAACCAAUUAAAGUUUCAGAAAUUAACGAAAAUAGGGAAAUAUUCGAGCCAAAUACACAGUUAAAUGUAAUCAACUAUUCUGUCGUUCCAAAUGGCGAUGCUGUUAACAUAACUUGCAAUAUUCAGAUCAAAACUCCAUCUGGUACAAAAUUAGGAACAGAAUGUUUUACUAUGGUUCAGAAAGAAGGCAAUUACUUCAUUGUAGCCGAUAAUUUAUAUUAUUUACCAAACGAAAAUCCGGAAUUAGUAGAAAUACCUUCAUUUAAGCGCCAAAACAGAUUCCAAGAUAAGCCACGUGGUAAGUUCAAUCCUCAGAAGUUUGCUCCUUACAAGCCUCACUAA